AGACUGGGUUGGGCAGAGAAGCGCUGCCGUGUACAAGAGCAGACGGAUGUAAUUUAUUGCACAAAUACACUGGGAUUUACCGGAAUGACCUAGAGAGAUCCAGGGCAAGUCAACAUGAGUUUGACAUCCUGGUUCCUCGUCAGUGGUGGGGGAACAAGGCACCGCCUUCCCCGGGAAAUGAUUUUUGUGGGACGGGACGACUGUGAGCUUAUACUACAGUCUCGCAGUGUGGACAAACAGCACGCUGUCAUCAAUUAUGAGGUAGCUUCAGAUGAGCAUAAAGUUAAAGACCUGGGCAGUCUCAACGGGACAUUUGUAAAUGAUGUUCGUAUUCAGGAACAGCAGUAUAUUACCUUGAAAAUGGGUGACAAGCUAAGGUUUGGUUAUGAUACCAACUUAUUUACAGUCGUACGUGGAGAGUUACAUGUUCCAGAAGAGGCCCUGAAGCAUGAAAAGUUCACCAGUCAGCUUCAGCUAACCAAGAAGCCUUCCCCAUCAGUGGAAACCACCAAAAGUCCAGAGGUCAAAGCGACAGAGGGAGGAAAAGAUGCUGAAGCCAAGCCAUCAGAACCACCACAAACGACAGAAGAGAAGGUGUCAAGUGACAUAGCUGUGCUCCACAGAGGAACCCCUCUGUAUGGGCAGCCAUCUUGGUGGGGUGAAGGGGAUGCAGAUGAUGAAAAUUCUGUGAAGCACAACACAAAGGCUGCUGACCAAAAACAAGUCAGGUGUGAAGCAGGUAAUAAAGACACUGCACCAAAGCAGCAGGUGGAGCCAGGAACAACACCACAACAUGUGGGGACCCAGGAGCCAAGCUACUUCGAGAUCCCCUGUAAGGAGGCUCAUCCAGUAGGGGAACACACAGGAGAAACCCUCCCGACUGGCUCAGAGGCAGUCACGUCAGCUUCCACAAUCACUGCGUCAGAGAUCGGUGCACAUGGACACGCCUCCUUCACUAUUGAGUUUGACAUAGUGGCAGGAAAGGGCAAAGAGCGGGCCUCAAAGGGCACCCAAGACCAACGGCAGCGGCCUAAGAGAGGGGCAGGGGAGGAGCUGAGUGCCUUGCAGGCUGCCAUGGUGGCAGCGGAGGUUAAAGUGGCAGACUGGCUGGCACAGAAUGAGCUUCCACUGACCCGCUCUGAAUCUGUAGCUGAGGAUGAUGGAGACAGCGUGAAGAGUGAUGUACCAGUUCAGCUGAGGAGCCUUAGAGGCAGUAAGCAUGAGGACGGCACACAGAGUGACUCAGAGAAUGCACUGGGAGAGCAGCUCAGUAGUCGAAGGAUUUUCCUGCAGGAGCGUUACAGAGGAAGACAGGGUGUGGUGAGGACAGAAGGGCCUUUCUGUGGGAGGGAUGAUCCCUUCCAGCACAAACCAUCAUCUGUAGCUAAAAAGAUGGCACCAGUAGGGGGUGAAGUUGGCAGGGAAGUGAAUCGUUCUUCCCCAAAGAAAGCCAAAGUGCACAGAGAGCAAAGCACUGGGUCCCAAGAGACUCCUAGUAGGGGGCAAAUAGAUGACCAAAGUGACAGAGGGACCUAUACAAUUGAAUUGGAAAAUGGAAAUGCGGAGGAGGAAGAGGCCAGGCGUAUGAUUGAUAAGGUGUUUGGGGUGGAGGAUAAUCAAGCCCUGACAAAACUACGUUUCCCACAACACCAGAGAGAUAGAGGAACCAUCUGCCCAAGAUCUGGAGCCAUGGAAACCAGACAAGCUGGCUAUGUUGGCGCAGAGAUGUUGCCAGAAGACUUGGUUGUAGUAGGUGGUCCAAGGUGGGUCUCACAGUGGGCUAGUCUAGCUGCAAGUCACAUACGGACUGAUCCCGAAGGAUCUGGGGCUGAACCAACCAUACUUUCCACAGAUGAAAAAGCUGAUAUCAAUAUACCUGGGCACUCAGAACGAAAGAGAAGGACUCUCCCACAACCCCCUUCUGAAGCUUCUGCUAUGGAUCCAAUGGGCCUUGAAGGCUCAAGGUGCCAAGUAAGGCGAACAGCACCUUCCUCUGAGAAGCAAGACCUAGAACUUCAGGAGAAAGUAGAUCAGCUCAAUAGAAUCUCCAAAACUGGACCAAGAUCAGCCGGAAUGACCUCAGCUAGCACAGACUUCGAUCAGUCCAAAGCGAGCAAGCAAGCUUUGACCAAAACUCACAAGGUGGGGCAUAAAGUUGGUAAACAAGGAGCUCAAACUAGACCUAUUGGCGGUGGUGAGAAGAAACAAGGGGAUGGGAGACGAAAGAAAGUUGAGGAGGACAAAGAAAGGAUAGGGAAGCCUCUAUUGAGACAAGAGAGUUUUACAGUAGAAAGACCAAGUGCUAAUGCUCACCUAGAGCUCAGACCUUGCAUCGAUGGGCCUGGUACCUCAACUCAGCCCAGGGAAAUAGGUGUCAUCUGUGAGGGCAUUGAUGCUGCCACUAUGCUGAAAGAUUCAGAGGCUGUUGCUGCUUUUUUGGAAACCACUCUCUCAGACCUUGCAGAUCCACCCAGCUACUCUCUGGAGGGCUCUGUCUCACCUGAAUCUGACAUUGAUACAACAAGCACUGUCAGCCAGGCUGGGGGAGAAGGAGGACGUAAGACAGCCCAAAGGAAACGUUUGGCUGGAGGUCAAGGCCGUGAAACAACCAAUAAGAACACCAGCGCAACAGAAAAGAAAGGCAAAUCUCAGCCCUCGGGUUCAGCUGGCUCCAGAGCUUGGACCUCUCUUGACCUGACAGACGAUGACUUGAGCUCCUCGCUUCUCACGGAGACUACUUCUGCAACACAACCUCAAGGCCGGGGUCAAACUAUCACCUCUAGAGCAGAGCCAACAAGUGGCAAAACCAGAGAAGCAAAGACGAAUGUAGCUCCUGCACCGGUCACCUCUAAACCAUCCACCCUUCCCCGACCAAGACCUACACGGGCUUCCAUUCUACGCCGAGCACGACUGGGUGAAACUUCUGACACUGACCUUGCUGAUGUUGAUCGUAUGUCUGUGGCGUCAGAGGCUUCUACUGCCAGUUCUGCAUCGAGACCUUCAGCUGGGCGCAGGACCCUCUCUCGGAUUGAAGCACUUGCCCAACCACGAAGGCCAAGAGUGUGCUCUCCUUCAGCUCGGAGUGACUCAGAGGCUACAUCAGGCAAAAUCAGGGGCUUCAUCCCACGCCCUGCACCAGAGAGCACACUGAGGCUGGGUCUCCGGUCUACUGCAGCCUCUUCUUCUGUGGUCCCCAGAGCCAGAGCUAACAGUGCUUCCAAACUGCCUGAUAAGUGUCCUGGUACUCCCCAUGUUCAAAGUACGCCAGCAGCUGGUGGAAGGUGGCGGCGUGUACCUAUUGAAUAUGCUUCUACCUCAGAGGAUGAGUAUGGCUCCAACCGGCACCCCACUCAACACACUCGGCCAACGGCUCCACGGAUAACCCAGCUUGGGGGUUCAGCCCCUGCAACACCCAGCCCUGGAGGUUUCUCUAUGCUGCGUCACCAGUCUAGCAGAGAACAAGAUGAUUACAUGAGAGACUGGACCACCCACAGUGAGGAGAUCGCCAGAAUCAGCCAAGACCUAGCUAAGGAUCUGGCCAUGCUGGCGCGUGAGAUCCAUGACGUCGCAGGAGAGAUUGACUCCGUUAGUCCUUCCUCCGCUCCACCAGCUUCAGUUGACAACCAUGUGUUUGAGGAUGUUCUGGGCAGUGCUCCAGAGAUCUGUGGCAGAGGUGUAGAACUAAGACCUCGCGGCGGUAUCAGCAGUCAGGAUCCUCGUGCUGUCCGCCGUCGGACGUGGAGCAGAGAUGAGGGUGUGCUGGACAGUUUGCUGCUGGCAUCAGUAUCACAGAUGUCAGCAAAAAUCAGACAGGCUGUGGAAAAGACAGCCAACAAAAUCAGGAUUUUAUUCAAAGAUAAGGACCGAAAGUGGGAGGAGAUUGAGAGAAAACUACAGGCAGAGAAUGAGGUGCCUCUCCUCAAGACCUCUAAUCAGGAGAUCUCAUCCAUACUCCAAAACCUGAAAAGAGUGGAAAGACACUUGCUAGUGAUUGAUAUCAUGGUGGACCCUGAUGGUACGUUGGAUGCUCUGAGCAGUUUGGGUCUGACCAGUCCUCUGUUGGCUGAGAACAGAAUUAGUCCUGGAUCACAAGGUCCAGUUGUCAGCCAGGCAGCAGAAGGAUCAGCCAGUACCACUGCACUGCCCUCUGCAUAUUCAGAGGUCGCAGAACGAGAUGUUGGUCUGCGGGAAAGGAGCAAAGAGCAGAACACUGCCAAUAAAAAUUGAAUCACUGCAAACAGUUUACACAGAGAUCCUACAACACUUUGAAAGGCCAGGUCAACAUGAACUUUUAUGUGAAUAGUGUAAGGUAUGCUGUAAAAUGUCCUAUAUAGCAAUGCAUUUAAAUGUUUGCUUCAUAAAUUCUAUAUAUCCUUGGAUGGAUUUUCAGUUAUUAAAAACAAUGUUUUGAAAUAUAAAUUAACUGUAAUACCAUGUCGUCAGAAUGACUGUACACGAGCAUUAAUUUUUCUGAAGAUCCCAGAUCUAAAGCUGCUCAGGAAGUAGUUGAGCACAUGACCGUUGAAAAGGAAGCAGCAUGUGAAAGAGUUAAAUUGUAGUUUAUUGAAGAGUUCAUACUGUGUACUGUCAAGUGUUGAGCUUAAGUGCUUGCAAAAAGUUUUCUUUUUCAUUUAGGGCCCAAAAUAAACACUGUCAAGCGUCAGAUGUAAGAAAAAAAUGGUUCUGGAGUGUAAUGAGUUGUUCACUCAUUGGCCGGUAAUUUUAUUAGGAACUGCAACAUGUCAAACGGUUCAGAAAACAUCAGUUGCGACUCUGUGAUAAAAUCACUUGCUCAUCUUUUCUGUGUAAAGUUAGACCCAGUUUUACAACUUCAUUGCCAAGAUGAUGAUGCAACACCAUAAACACUAAAACCCUAAAACUUCAACAACGAUUUAAACAACUUUACAGCUCAAAUAUUACAUGAGUUUUAACAGAAUUAAUGUAAGUGCUUUUAUAAAAUUAUAAGAGUCACAUUCCUGCCUUUAAAGUCUCCAAAAAUUGGCCCCAAUCACUUCCAUUGUAAAUGCCUAACUGUAACCUCGAUUUUUGUUUUGUUUUUAAAGAAAAGGAGAAACAAGUCGAAAUUCAUUUUUGUGGUAAUCAACAGUAUUCCACAAAUGCUGUCGAUUGAGCUUAAUUUUUAUUGAACCUGGAAUAUUCCUUUAAGCCACCAAAACAAAAUCAUCACUCUGUCACGUUUUUGUGAUGUGCAGUUUCACCGUGAGACAGAGACCUGCUAUUCUCGAAUACAUGACGCUGCCAAUGACACAAUGAAAGAUAUGCAAUUAAAAUAGCCAAAUAAUCCCACUGUUAUUGGGUCAAAAAUACUGUAUAUUUAUUAAAAUUAUGCAAAAUACAGUUUCUUGGCUGGAAAGAAAGAAAAACAAAUAACUGGUAAAUAAGAAAUAUUUAUGGCUGUUUGUUUUUCUCAUUUGUGGCAAGUGUGUCAAAAAAGUACAUUUUGGACCGUUUACAUGUCAAUUGAACCAAAAUUCAACAUUUUAAAGCACACUGUUUCCUUAAAGCCAAUCUCUGCCAAAUAUUUAAUACAUCUACCAUAUAACCAAGUCUUUGAACAUUGGUGUUGUCUAACAGGAAUGAAUUAUCUAAAAAGAUUGCAAUUGUUUUGCAGCAGUGAAUUUGUGAUUCAUGAGAAUGCUCAUACUGUAUGUCAGGACAAGGCUAAAAUGUAUAACACCGGCCUUCAUGUAUUACAUUUUAAAUUAGUUUUUAUUAUGGCACUCUGACCUAGAUACAGCCCAGUCUGAUCUGUAAAGUGUAAAAAGCCACCAUUGUGAUGAAUUUCAGCCAGUCCUACAAUAUGAACCCUUGCAUAUAUUUUUUAGAUUUAAUUAUAAAACAUUCCCUUUUUUCAAUCAUAAAACAUAACAUUACCAAAGGUUAUAAUGUUGCUGCUUACCUGUAGUUCCAGUACAGUUGCAAUGUCUCAACAAUACCCUUCCAUGUAAUGUUUCUAUAUGAUCAUUAUCAAUUAGGAAUAUACAAGUGGUCUGUGCCAUGUGAUAGCCAAUAAGAGGGCCUUGAUUUACCCAGUUGUUUCAUUAAUUAAGCUUGUUAUGUCACAAAGUGCCCAUUAUCAAGAUCAUUAUGAGAUGAUGUAGACAUUAAACAUCAUGUUAUUUUGCACAUGCAGAUGUUUCAACCUGUUCAGAAUAGUGUUGUGAACUGGGUACAUUUUUUUUAACUGUUUUAUGAAAAAUAUCUGGUUAGGUAGCUACUAGCUAGCAUGGAAAUUAUUCUCUCCUCUUAGAGUCUGUCUGCCUCAGUGGUGUUUACAAAUGAAUGUAAAGCAAAUACCGAUUUAAUAAAGAAAUUUCAUAUC